AUGGCAUGCGACAAAUCCCAACUUGUCAGGACCUCGGAAUCCGGCUCUCCUCAAUCAUCUCCCGUGCAGAAUGGCUCCGUUUCCGACCGGCCCUCCAUGGGUGGACGUCCUCUAUCAAGCGGCCCGUCCCUUUGCAUCGUCUCGACUUUCUCGAAGCCGGCGAGUGGCCUUCCUGGUCCGGGGCCCUCAGGGCCGCUGACCUCAGAUCCGGUAGCAACGACCUGUCCUUUGCUUGAGCCUGCGGCCGGUGACCUCGGAAUCGGCGUUGAAAGCGGAGGUGCUUCCGGCCGGUCGACGGCCAGUGACGAGAAACCGUCUACUCUUGCGGCCACCGCGAGCCAUUUAAAAUGGCAGUCUUCUACGAGUGAAGACUCUGAAGCUGAGGCACAGGCACUCAGGUGUGACCUCAUCACACUUGCUAUUUACCUCGACCCCUCUCUUUCGAUGGGCUUAUCCGAUUCGGGCCUCAAAUCUGGAUCCGCUCAUUGUCUUGUGGAACCGUUCCUUCUCUUUUUGGUUGACCGAUUUCACUCGGUUCCAGUCCAAGUGUACAUAUCACUCCAGGCGCUAUUUCUCAAGGCCCUAGAAGCACGUACACUGCAUCUUCGUUGA